AAAGGAAGAAGGGCUAGGGGCUAAGUAACUAUUGGUUGGCCGGUGGGCCAAUUGGAAGAGCCCUGAUUUGGCGGGAUUUCUCGACCACUGUCGGAGCUCUUAGUGUCUCAGCGCGAGCUCCGGGUGUCUGGCUGCCGUGGUCAUGUUCGUGUCCGAUUUCCGCAAAGAGUUCUACGAGGUGGUCCAGAACCAGAGGGUCCUUCUCUUCGUGGCUUCGGACGUGGACGCUCUGUGCGCUUGCAAGAUCCUUCAGGCCCUGUUCCAGUGUGACCACGUGCAAUAUACGUUGGUUCCCGUUUCUGGGUGGCAAGAACUUGAAACUGCAUUUCUUGAACAUAAAGAGCAGUUCCGUUAUUUUAUCCUCAUAAACUGUGGGGCUAACAUAGACCUAUUGGAUAUCCUUCAGCCUGAUGAUGAUGCCAUAUUUUUCGUGUGUGACUCCCAUAGGCCAGUAAAUGUUGUGAAUGUGUACAAUGAUACCCAGAUCAAACUGCUCAUUAAGCAAGAUGAUGACCUUGAAGUUCCCGCCUAUGAUGACAUCUUUAGGGAUGAAGAAGAGGAGGAAGAACAUUUGGAAGAAAAGGGUGAUGGCUCAGAGCCUUCUGAGAAGCGCACACGGUUAGAAGAGGAGAUAGUAGCAGAAACCAUGAAAAGGAGGGAGCGAAGAGAGUGGGAAGCCCGGAGAAGAGACAUCCUCUUUGACUAUGAGCAGUAUGAAUAUCAUGGGACAUCGUCGGCCAUGGUGAUGUUCGACCUGGCAUGGAUGAUGUCCAAGGAUAUGAACGACAUGCUGUGGUGGGCCAUCGUUGGACUAACAGACCAGUGGGUACAAGACAGGAUCACUCAGAUGAAGUAUGUGACCGACGUCGGCACCCUGCAGCGCCACGUGUCCCGGCACAACCACCGUGAUGAGGACGAAGAGCACGCUCUCUCCGUGGACUGCAUGCGCAUCUCCUUUGAGUACGACCUCCGCCUGGUGCUCUAUCAGCAUUGGUCCCUCCAUGACAGCCUGUGCAACACGUGCUACACUGCAGCCAGGUUCAAACUGUGGUCUGUGCAUGGGCAGAAGCGCCUCCAGGAGUUCCUCGCAGACAUGGGUCUCCCCCUGAAACAGGUGAAGCAGAAGUUUCAGUCUAUGGACAUCUCUUUGAAGGAGAAUUUGCGGGAGCUAAUUGAAGAAUCUGCGAAUAAAUUUGGGAUGAAGGACAUGCGUGUGCAGACUUUCAGCAUUCAUUUUGGCUUCAAGCAUAAGUUCCUGGCUAGUGACGUGGUCUUUGCUACCAUGUCACUGAUGGAGAGCCCGGAGAAGGACAGCUCAGGGACAGAUAACUUCAUCCAGGCUCUGGACAGUCUCUCCAGGGGUAACCUGGAGAAGCUGUACCGCGGCCUGGAGCUUGCCAAGAAGCAGCUGCUAGCUACGCAGCAGAUCAUUGCCAGCUGCCUCUGCACCAACCUUGUUAUCUCCCAGGGGCCUUUCCUCUACUGCUCCCUCAUGGAGGGCACUCCAGAUGUCUCACUGUUCUCCAAGCCAGCAUCCCUGAGUCUGCUCAGCAGACACCUGCUCAAGUCCUUUGUGUGUUCGACGAAGAACCGUCGCUGCAAGCUGCUGCCACUGGUGAUGGCUGCCCCACUGAAUGUCGAGCAAGGCACAGUGACUGUGGUGGGCAUCCCUCCAGAGACCGACAGCUCAGACAGAAAGAACUUUUUUGGGCGGGCAUUUGAGAAGGCAGCGGAGGGCACCAACUCCCGGACACUGCACAACUAUUUUGACCUCUCAGUAAUUGAACUGAAAGCAGAGGAUCGAAGCAAGUUUUUGGACGCGCUUGUUUCCCUCUUGUCCUGAGGGGUUGGAAUCUUCAGAAAUGACCUCCCUCUCCUUAUUUAUAUUAAUAGGCUUUUACUUUAGAUUGUAACUUAUGGACAUAGUUUUAAAUACAGGGACACAGUGGUUUUUAAUGUAAUAAAAUGCUUAUUUUAGGUUC